GGAGAGAUCAAUACAGUCAUACCAAAGACCACCGCAUCCGACGAGUCCUCACUGCUUGGUAUCGCUAAAUACGCGUGGAGUGGAUAUAUACUCGAGUGUAAGGUCUGUGGCGUUAUAUACCGGAGCAGACAAUACUGGUAUGGAAACAAAGAGCCCACAGAACAGAGUGUCGUUCGCACAGAAAUACAACACGUCUGGCCUGACGAACCCAUACCAUCGCAAGGCUCUCAAAAUGUUGGCCAGAGAGCCAUCGAUACAUUGAGUUAUGUGACCACAAAUGUGUCGCAAAUGACUGCCAGACCAUCGAAAGUAUUGGCCGAUUGGAUGGCCGAUAAGAUCGCACCGUCUUAUUGGGUGCCAAAUAAUAGAAUAUUGCAUUGUGGCGGAUGUGACAAAGAAUUUGAACAAUUGGAUCAAAAACAUCACUGCCGUUUGUGUGGCCACGGCUUCUGCGAAGACUGUUCUUCCAAGAGUCGUCCGGUGCCAGAGAGGGGUUGGGGGGACCAACCCGUCAGAGUGUGCGACCAGUGCUUCGAAAAGGGGGAGAAAAGUGUUGAGACGGCUAACGCCGAAGUGAUGCCUCGCAUAAUGGGAGAGUUGGUUCAGAACACUAUCGGGAAUCUGGUCUCCGCGACCGUUAUUUAUCCUCGCGAAAUGUUUGAUUUUUCUAAAGAAUGGAUCAAAGAGUCGGCUCGACCUGACUAUUGGGUGCCCGACAAAGACAUCACUCAUUGUCUUGUGUGCAAAGAAGAGUUUAACGACAAACUGGCAAUACAUCACUGCAGGGCUUGUGGACAAGGAGUGUGUGACGGCUGUUCCCAAACACGUCAAACAGUUCCCGAACGCGGUUGGGAUCAAGCGGUCAGGAUUUGCAACGAUUGCCAAAAGAAAAUGUCUGUUAAUUCUGUUCAGGGAUGACAUCUUCUUCUCAUGAUUUACUUUUUAAUUUUAAUUUAAUUCAAAACAGUUUUAAGAGUUUAUUGGCUUUAAAGUAGAGGUAAUCUAAAUGUCCGGCAAAUAUAGCUCUAUUUAUAGACAACUCGUUGUCUCUUAUUUCUUAGUUUAGAGCCUCUCUCUCCCUCCCAAUCCUCCCUUCCCUUCAUUUAAAGUCAAACAUUUGCACAUAUAUUGCAUUCAUUUAACCAUUUAUUAUAUAUAAAUAUUAAACAUAAAUAGCAUUAAUUAUAAAUAUAUAAAAAUACUGUAAAAAUCAUGAUUUGUAUAAAUUAUCUUCGAAACAAAUGUCCCCAAAAUUAACAAAAUGUUAUUUUUAUCAAUUGUUUGGCUUGAAAUUCAAUCGAUUUUAAAGUCGAUCUCAGACUUUAGACAAACAAAACUGUUGUAAAACUAUUUAAAUUCGGAAAUAAAUGUCAGAAUUGUUUUAAAAUCAAAACA